UUGAUUUGAAUUUGUAUAUUUAUUUUGUUGUUUGAUAAUUGUAUUAUCAAAAAAUUGACUAUUAUUGAAGUGUUUCGAAAUUCAAAUUUAAUUCAUAGUAAUAAUAUUACGGAAGUACCAAGUUCUUUUGUUUCAAUUAAAUUCGUAUUUUAAUACUGUGCACGAAAAAUGCCUAAACGUAAACGAUUAUUAACUCCUUCAAAAAAUAAAGCAAAAGUAAAUCAGUCUAUUAAUCAUAAGGAAGAGGAUGAUCCUAAAGGUUUAUUGAAAUUUGAUAAUAAAGAAGUAUCGACAGCCCGUGGUCGUCUAAAGGGUGCUUUAUUGGAAGCAUUGGAACCAACGGCUGAAGACUCAGAUACUUCGUUAGAACCAAGUCCAACAAAAAGGGACAGGUACACAAACCAAGAAAAUAAAAGCAACUCCACCUCAGAUGAGGAUGAAAGACCACAAAGGAAGCAGUCACCGCAACGACAGUCGUAUGUGCUGAAAUUAUUUGACAGAAGUGUGGACCUGUCACAGUUUGAGGAAGACUCACCAUUGUACCCAAUUUGCAGAGCAUGGAUCGCCAACCAGCCUAAAGCUGAUUACAGUAAAUUUGGACAGAAGUUCAAAACUCCUGAACCAAACGAGGACAGUGUUGACUUGCCGGCACCUGAAGGCCCCCCUGUGUCCAGAAUACCAGAACUGCUGCCAGAACAAAAGAACCGCACUGGUGACAAUAUCAAUCUGAAUUAUCGUGAUGCCGUGCUACCCACUAGAGAGCAAUUGCUGCAGUCCCACGUGUCACGCUGGGCAGCCGUUCGGCAGGCGUGGCUCGACCAGGCACUCAAGGUGGAGGAGCGCUACGAGAGCACGCAGCAACUACUCAACAAGAUCAACGUCAACUCAAUGUAAUUAACUCACAAUCAACUUGGUGAUUACAUAUGAUUUUUAUCAAUAUAUUUUCUAUAAGAAUUCGUUUCUACAUGCUUUUUACAAGUAUUAUUUUGUAACAAA